AUGACCAGUUGGACAUUGCUCCAAUUUCUCGAUUUACGGGAAAAGCAAAAGAUUUAUGAAGCAAUGGAAGUGUCACGAAACUUGAAAAUGAGUUGUGCUGAUUGUAAGCAAAAUCAAUUGCGACAUCAAAUGAAUUUCUCUUUAAAGACUAAAGUCUAUCUAGUUCAAUCGAUGAUCGCCUUAAAAAAUCUGUAA